AUGAACAUGAAAAUUCGUUUGCGACCCCGUUCAUGUAAACUUUCGAUCGACAAUAAAUUGCGCAGCAAGAGGUUGUCAUGUUCAAGCACCUUUCUAUCUUUUGGACAGGUUUUUUCAGAUUGCCAUUUCUGGGCAACCAUUACCCAGCUUCGAUUUCUGUACAUCUGGUGCCACUGGAACGGCAUUAUAUCUUAUACUGCGAUAGAUCCAGCCGAAAGCAACAAUUACGGAAGCUCUAGAGGACAGCCCCACUCAUUUACGCUUGGUUUAAAAUAUUUCACACUCGAUUUCACCGAACACCUGGCUCGGCAAAGACUUGGUCAUGAGUCUUUGCAUGUACACAAGGCGUCGUCUGCAGCUGAUAGACGCACACCCUUCAAGCUUAUGUUAUGGUUUGGACAGCUCUUUGCGCUCCGUCUCAUUUCAAUUUAUUUGAUCCGCGAUGAAUAUCUUGUGGCUCGCCAAAUUCUUGCAGCCACGAUGGGAAUUUUGAUUGAAACCCCGGAGCACACAACCCAAGACUCUUUGAACGUGCCAGUCACCUCCCUCUUCUUUACUGUAGAUUAA